UUCAAAGGAAGAACAGCUGCCAAGGCGAGAACUAGAGCAAACGGGGCAUUCAGAAUAAGCGCUAGAACGCAAGCACGAUCCUGGCAGAAAGCUUAUGCAUGGGUUGAACACGACUGUGACAAAAAGAACCGAAGACGAUGUGAUAUCAUGAGCUACAUUCCGAUACCUUCCAAGUUCAAGGACGAAAUCUACAAGCUCAACAUUUUCGAGCUUUCUGAGCACGUUUAUUAUAAUAGUUGUGAUGACACUGAUAAC